GUAAUGCUAAUGGCGCGAAGACUAAUAACAAAGGCAUCGUAAAUCCGAAAGACUUCUGAAAUACUGCAAAACGCGAAGCUAUUUAACUCUGCGAUCUUAUACAGAAACGUAUUCGUGGUAUUAUGGAUACUAAUGUCGUUAAGACUUUUUUAAGGGAAAUGUGUGGUUGAAUAUUAGCUUCACCGUGUUAACAGGCUCUCUGUGCACAGUCAGUGACAGCAGUGCUAGAGAUAAAAGUUCACUAUGUCUAAAGAAGAUAAAGGCUUCAUUGUGAAGUUUGUGGAGGGUAAAGAACCCAAACCAGAAUGUGCUGUCAAGGCUUAUGAGGCUAUUUUGGAGCUGCAGUCUGAAAAGUAUUUGAAAACCGUUACAGAGGAUGAUGUUUUACAAAUGGAACAGAAAGACAAGUCCCUGUUUGUGUUCAGCAGCUUCACCACACCGGCCUUUCUCCACUGCCAGAAGCUUGGCUGCAGAGUUGUCAGUCCAUUGGUGGUGUUGUACUGCCUGCAGCAGCAACGCUGUGUCCCCAAAGCGGAGAAGCCUGUCUACAACAUGGCCAUGGCAGACGUCACUAUUUCCUGUACCAGUCUGGACAAAGCGACACGGAAAGACGUGAUGGAUCUGGUGCAACUCAUGGGUGGAAGGGUCUAUCUUGAUCUCAAUGUGUCUGUCACACACUUGAUCGCUGGAGAGGUCGGCAGUAAGAAAUACUUAGUUGCAGCCAGCCUGGGUAAGCCCAUCCUGCUGCCCACAUGGGUCAAAUCCUGCUGGGAAAGAUCACAGGAAGGUCUUUUCAGGUACACAGACCUCCCCCAGGAUGACUAUUUGUGCCCUGUGCUGCGUGGCUGUACGGUCUGUGUUACAGGACUCUCCAGCACAGAACGAAAAGAAGUACAGCGGCUGUGUGAGCAGCAUGGAGCAAACUACACCGGCCAACUCAAAAUGAACGAGUGCACACAUCUCAUUGUGAACGAGCCAGCUGGUCAGAAGUACGAAUGCGCUCGAAAAUGGAAUGUGUAUUGUGUGUCCCUUCACUGGCUGUUUGACAGCAUUGAGAAGGGCUUCUGUCAAGAUGAGAGCAGGUACACAGUGAAGCACAGCACGUCGAAAAACAAACAACCAAACACUUCGACCCCGACUGCCACCAACAAGGAGGACGUCUCUUCUUUGUUGGGCUUGAGCCACAUAUCUGUCAACACGAGCAGAACAAUAAACGAUACAGUCAUCACAAAUGGCACCAUGAGUCGACUGGAUACUCCUGAUCCUCUGGACAGUGUGGACCUCUCAGUGUGUCCGUCCGAUGAUAUAUUAGAUGGCUGUAAGUUGUACUUGUGCGGCCUGCCGGGCAAGAAACUGGAGAAGCUGCGGCGCCUUGUCAACGCUGCAGGAGGGCUGCGCUUCAACCAGGCCAGUGAGGAGCUCACACAUGUGGUCAUGGGAGAAGUGGACCAGGACCUGAAGAAUUUUCUCUCCAAAGCAACUCACAGGCCCCAUGUGGUAACAGUGCAGUGGCUGCUCGACUGCUUCUCUAAAGGCACUCUGCUCCCAGAGGCAGGUUACCUCCACCCUGACUGUCUGCCUCCUGCUCCAGCCGCCGUGUCUGUGCCGGCUUACCACACUCACCACUCCCCGCCCUCAGAUGGCCCACCUUCAGCCAGCCCCAGCACUCCGGGGCAAAAGAAAGCAGAAGACGAUCUGCUGUCGCAGUAUAUGGACGAUGACCCCACAGUGAUUGACGUGGCUCAAGGAGCAGAUAGAACUAGUAGAAUGUCCAUCAGUGCCGCAGCAGAGCCUCAGCCGACCCCCACCCAGGGCCCGGAGCCAGAGUCAGCCCUGCAGGAAGCCAGCGAGGCCGGACUGUUUUUCGGAAAGAGGUUCCUCCUUGUGGGUUUUGGAAACGAGGCUGAGGCGCAGCUCUCUCUGCUGGUGACGGAACACAGAGGCAGAGCGCUCGUCGGCCGGACCCGGGUUGUAGCAGACUACGCUGUGGUGCCUCUGCUGGGCUGCUCAGUGGAGGCCACAGUCGACGAGGUGGUCACCGACACCUGGCUGGCCAUGUGUGUGGAGAAAGAGAGCAUUCUGCCACUGUCGACCAACCCUCUGUUCACCCCUGUUCCAGCGAUGGAGGGGUAUCUUCCGCUGAAGGGCUGCGUUCUCUCCGUCAGCCAGUUUACCGGAGCAGAGAGGGAGUCUCUGGUGGAGCUGGCCAAACACCUCGGAGCCAAUGUCCAGGACUACUUUGUUCGUCUUGCCAACCAGAAGAAAGGCAUGCUCGCCAGCACCCACCUGGUGCUACAGAGUCCUGAGGGCACCAAGUUCCAGGCCGCCAAGAAGUGGGGGCUUCCUGCUGUCACCAUGCACUGGAUACUGGAGUCUGCUCGAACGGGCAAGAAGGCAGUGGAGGACAGGUUCCUCGUGGAUUUGCCGCACUCUCCAGAGAGAGAUGAAGAGAGUUUUGUCGGUGGUUCCCAGAAGCCGGCCACACCUCCACCAGCGCGUUCGUCUCCUGAGAUCCCUCUGCUGGGUUUUCAGAGCAGUGCGGGGGUCACCCCGCUGGAUUUGGGUCGAUUUCAGAGCAAACUGUUCCGCUCUGUAUUGGACAAGAUGAAUCAUAAAGAAGACGCCAGUGCCCCCAAACAAAACCAGGAGAGUGGCAAAAAGAAAGCUCAGAAAGAGGCCGUCCUGCAGACGGACACGCCCUCUCGCUUCCUCAGCAGAGACCAGCUCUUCAGACCCUCCUUUAAUGUCAAGGAUGCAUUAGAAGUUCUGGAAACCCCAGGCGGGGCAUCAAAGCCAAAAGAGCCAGCUGAGACUCCGCUCACCGAACUGAUCAACAGAAAGAUGAAAGUGGCUCUGGCCAGCAGCGCCCGCAGCGGCAUCUCUGAGGCAGAGGCAGUGUCUGCCAGUCCCCAGUUCGCAAAGUCCGCCGAAAUGGAGGCUCCGGAGAAAGAAGUUGGUCCCCUCGCUGGUGUUGUCGUCUGUGUGGGGAAAAAACUGAGCAAACUGCAGAGUGAGCUUAAUGGCAUUGCUGCUUCACUCGGAGCCGACUUCAGGUGGGCUUGCGACGACACGGUGACACACUACAUCUACCAGGGCCGUGUGGGCGACAGCACACGGGAAUACAAAGGAGUGAAGGAGAGAGGGCUGCAUGUGGUCUCCCAGUACUGGCUGCAUGCUUGUGCCGAGGAGCAGAGACACGUGCCGGAGUCUCUGUAUCCUUUCACCUACAACCCCAAGAUGAGCCUGAACCUCAGCCAGGUGCCCACAAACUCUCAGAGGUCGCCGCCUUUGACGCGAACACAAGUCCGAGACCUCUCUCAGGCCAGGACCGACCAGUCUGCGCAAAAUGCCACAGAAACUACAAGCUCACGCCGUGUGAGCGAUGGAAGUGCCGAUCAAGAAGAGGCGAAAGAUGCUGCAGAAGCAACCAUUACUUCUGAGACUGUGGAAAUGAGGGAGAACCUGCAAAGACAGCUGCAGGAGAUCAUGUCCGCCACCAAACUGACGACGGGGAGGCGGUCCUCGGUCAGACUCCGGAGGACGGGGUCAGGAGGAGCAGAGUCCAGUCCUCAAACACCCAACGGGAGCCGAGUGGGACGCAGUGGUAACAGACGAACUCUGGAAGCUCUGAGGGUGUCCAGAGAAGCAGCUCUGGAUGUGAACACAGAGCCGUCUCAGAGUGAGCAGAUAGUUUGGGACGACCCCACUGCCCGGGAGGAGCGGGCCAGGCUGGCAGAUAACCUCCAGUGGCCCGGAAGCCCCUCACAGCACUCGGAGCCCUUCAUCCCUCCACCCCCUCCCACUGCAGAAAACAGAUCUCCCGCCACGCACUCCAUGACCGACUCGGAGCUGGUGGAGAUGGCUGCUUGCGAAGUCAUUGAGCAGCACCUGGGUCACAAGGUCAUGACUCCUCCUCCAGAGCGACCAGACGACGGCACCCCGACGCCACGAGCUCCCAGCAUUGCCUUCCCGCUUGCUAACCCGCCGGUAGCGCCUGAUCCGCAGGCAGAGAGGAAGGAAGAAAAGCAGCCACCCAGAUUCCAGCUGUCCUCCCUCAGCCCUCAGGAGCGCAUCGACUACAGCUGCCUCAUAGAGGAACUGGGCGGCGUAGUCCUGGACAAGCAGUCCUUUGACCCCAGCUGCACACACAUCAUCGUGGGGACGCCGCUCCGUAACGAGAAGUACCUGGCAGCGAUGGCGGCAGGCAAAUGGAUCCUGCACCGCUCGUACCUGGAGGCCUGCCGCUCUGUGGGCCGUUUCGUGCAGGAGGAUGAGUACGAGUGGGGCAGUAGCUCCAUCCUGGACGCUCUGCCCUCCAUCACCCCGCAGCAGAGGAGGCUGGCCUUAGCUGCCAUGCGCUGGAGAAAAGCUCUGCAGGGACGUUCUGAACACGAGGGAGCCUUCAGUGGAUGGAUUGUCAUGCUGAACAUCGACCAGAACAGAGAAUCGGGCUUCAGGCGGUUGCUGCAGUCUGGCGGCGCCAAGGUCCUGCCCAGCCUCUCCCCGCCGCUGUACAAAGAGGCCACGCAUCUCUUUGCAGACUUCAACCGUCUCAAACCGGGAGACUUCAGAGUCGACCUGUCAGACGCUGCCUCGCAGGGAGUCACAUGCUUGAAGCCUGAGUACAUCGCGGAUUAUCUCAUGCAGGAGCCAACCCCGCCUAUCGAGCUGUACUACCUGACUGAAGCCCCCCAUGAAGACGCUCCGAGCACGCCGUCAAGGAAGCGUAAAGCCGGACCAGACUCCUCCAGGCUGAAGAAGAGCCGUCUGAACUGAACAUCGCCGUCCCUGAUUUUCAUCUGUCUCGAGAUGGUUGUGAAUAUAAUCAAUGUGGCGCUGUUUUUUUUUCCCACUGGUGCCUGCACGCUCAGGCGGUCCUGGUGAUGGAUGACUCAAUUGGAAAGACCCAGAAAAUGUUGAGUCACGUUUUGUUAUUGACCGCAGUGUUGAUCGACGGGCUGUAGAGGGCAGUGUACUGUUGGUAUUUCCUGAGCCAGUGUGCAAGAAGGACUUCGAGCAACUCAUAUGUCUUGAAAGUGCCUUUUUAACAUUGCUGAUAUUUAUUAAAUAUUUCACCUAAUUAAAAAAAACAACUAGUUUUAAUGAGUGUCUUUGAAAAUGAAUGAGAUUAAAAGCGGAUGUG